AACCUGUGAGCUCAGUAGUCCAGCCAGUUGUUUCAUGGCGGCCGCAGCUCGAGCUUUCACUCUCUCCCGCAUCACCGACCUCUCCCUCAAUCCCCGCCGCUUCCACCACCAACCGCCUCCGGUUUCCCGCCACCACCUCCUCGCCCGCCCCUCCCUCCCCUCCUCCUUCCUCGCCCAGCGCCGCCGUGUCUCCUCCCCCGUCCUAUGCCUCAUCUCCGGCGUCGACGGCGGCGGCGUCUCCGACGAGUUCGUCUCGACUCGCAAGUCCGGCUUCGACCGCGGAUUCUCCGUCAUCGCCAACAUGCUCAAGCGGAUUGAGCCGCUCGACAGCUCCGUCAUCUCCAAAGGCGUCUCCGAUUCCGCUAAGGACUCGAUGAAGCAGACGAUCUCCACCAUGCUCGGAUUGCUUCCGUCCGAUCAGUUCUCCGUCACCGUUAGGGUUUGCAGAGCGCCGCUCGAUCGCCUCCUCGCCUCUUCCAUCAUCACCGGGUAUACACUGUGGAACGCGGAGUAUAGGAUAUCGUUGAUGAGGAAUUUUGACAUUUCUAUUGAUGAUUCUGUGGAUUUGGAUUGUUCAAAGCUCGAUGAGAGUCCCGAGAUGGUUGAUGGUGUGGAAGGAGAUAGUGAGAAUGGAAUUAAGGGGAGUAAUCAGUACUUGGAUUCAUUAAAUCCUCAGGUUUUCGGAGAUUUGUCGCCGGAGGCUUUGAAUUACAUCCAGAGGUUGCAGUCGGAGUUAACUAAUGUUAAGGAGGAACUCAAAGCUCAAAAGCAGGAAAAUAUGCAAUUACAAUCUGACACAGGACACAGAAAUGAUUUGUUGGAUUAUCUCCGGUUCUUGGAUUCUAAUAUGGUGACUGAGCUAUCUCGGCCGUCAUCAUUAGAGGUCGAGGAGAUUAUACAUCAACUUGUUCAAAAUAUACUGCAGAGAUUCUUUAAGGAUGGAGAAUCCCCAGAAUUUGAGGAAGAUUUAGUUAAAGCUAAUAUAGAGAAUGUUCUAGAUUCUGAUGGCGAACUUUGUGAUACCUUACGGACUUCACGAGAUUACCUAGCGAAGCUUCUUUUCUGGUGUAUGUUGUUAGGUCAUCAUUUGAGAGGGUUGGAGAACAGAUUACAUUUGAGUUGUGUUGUCGGAUUGUUGUAAAGAGAGAAAAGAUAGAAGGCGUGUAUAUUCUUCAUGUUCAUCUAUAAGAAGUUUUCUGGUUUUCAUGUUCAUCUGUAUUACUAUUUUUUGUUAUCAAAUGAAAAGCUUCUUAGUUUCUUUCUUA